AUGAGCGUUUCAGAGGACUCCCCCCUCGUCUUCAAGGGCGUCCUUGAGGGCCACACCGACUGGGUGACGGCCAUCUCUACGCCCACCGUCAGGAGCAACACGAUCAUAUCUUCUUCUCGAGACAAGAAGAUUAUCGUCUGGAAUCUGAACGAUUCUCCUGAUGCUGAGAGCGUUGGCUAUGCUCGUCGGGCACUGACUGGACACUCCCAGUGCGUGCAGGAUGUGGUGAUUUCAAGUGACUCAAACUUUGCCCUCUCCGGCUCCUGGGACAAGACCCUGCGCCUCUGGGACUUGAACGUAGGAGAGACCGUCCGCACCUUCCAGAAGCACACAUCCGACGUCAACUCUGUCGCCUUCAGCGCAGACAACAGGCAGAUCGUUUCGGGUUCUCGCGACAGAACCGUCCGUCUGUGGAACACGCUGGCAGACUGCAAGUACACCAUUGAGGAAGGCCAGCACACUGAUUGGGUCUCAUGCGUCAGAUUCUCUCCAUCGCCCAAGGAGCCUCUUAUCGUUUCUUGUGGUUGGGAUAAGGGGUCUCAUGCGUCAGAUUCUCUCCAUCGCCCAAGGAGCCUCUUAUCGUUUCUUGUGGUUGGGAUAAGCUCGUCAAGGUUGGUCUCAUUUGCAUUUGCGCGAUCGAUUCCGGUGCCCAGCAUAUCCUCUCUGUUGGAUGUCAUGGACAUGCAUGUUUGGAGUUUGACGAGUUGCAAGCUCAUGACCAACCUUGUAGGCCACACCUCAGUUCUGUACACAGUAACGGUUUCCCCUGAUGGCUCGCUGUGCGCGUCCGGCGGGAAGGACGGAGUUGCCAUGCUCUGGGACGUAAGCGAGGGCAAGCAUUUGUACUCAUUGGAUGCGAGCUGCACCAUCAACAGCCUCUGCUUCUCUCCUUGCAACUACUGGCUGUGCGCUGCAACAGACAAAUCCGUCAAGAUCUGGGACCUCGAGAACAAGAAUGUGCUGGAUGACAUUCACCCAGACGAACCAAUCAAGAGUGGGAUUCCAUGGUGCACUUCUCUCAACUGGUCUUAUGAUGGCCACACUCUGUUCGUUGGAACGACAAGUGGCAGUAUCUACGUAUACGAGAUCGCAGAAGAGUAA